UUCCGGGUAAACAGUAUUAGUGUCAAGUCCAACAUAGAAGAGAACCAGUUCUUCAGCAAUGUAGCUAAAGUAGGAAGAAACAACAUGACUGAGAAAAGACUUCACGACACAGAGGUCAGAUUUAGUGCAGACCUGCUGCUUGUCGAACAGACAUGUUUUCCCGGAGAAUGACGCGAUUUCGGCGUAAACUCUACUGCACUUUGGUCGCCCUGGUCUUGUUCAUCUUGGUCGUCCUGAAAAGCAUGUCUAUGGACGACAGGAUCUCAGGGGGCGGCUUUGGGCUUGAAGCCUUUCUUCAGGAAUCCCAGGGAGACGGUGGUGCUGGUGGUGAUGCUGAGGUUCGCAUCCUGUCAGAGACCAGCAUGGUCAAAAACAUCCUGAAGGAAAAGGUCGCGAGCAUUUUUAGGAGAGGCGUCCAGGAGAAAGAUUUCCUUCCACCUAAUUACAACGUACACGUUUUCUACUACACGUGGUAUGGAAACCCUUGGUAUGAUGGGAAAUACAUUCACUGGAAUCACCCGUUCCUGCCACACUGGAACCCCAAGGUCGCAGCAGGCUACGCGACAGGAACGCACAAUCCUCCUGAUGACAUCGGUGCCAACUUCUACCCUGCGUUGGGGGCGUAUAGCUCUCGGAACCCUUCGGUUAUAGAGGUCCAUAUGCAGCAGCUACGGACAGCAGCCAUAGGGGUUUUGGCGCUGUCCUGGUACCCGCCUCUCAUGAAGGACGAUAACGGUGAACCGACUGACGACAUCGUGCCUUUGAUUUUGGAAGCAGCAGCAAAGUACAAAAUAAAGGUGGCUUUUCAUAUCGAGCCGUACAAAGAGCGCAACGACACGAACAUGCUUGAAAAUGUCAAAUACAUCAUUGAUAGGUACGGAGAUCAUCCUGCAUUCUUCAGAUACAAGAAAUCAAACAGCAGAAAGCAUCUCCCGUUGUUCUAUAUUUACGACUCCUAUAUGCAAAGUCCGACCGUCUGGGCGCGGCUGCUUAAGAACGUCAGGAACACCCAGUACGACGGCAUCUUCAUCGGCCUGCUCGUGGAGGAGAAGCAUAAAGACGAGGUCGUGGCUGCGGGCUUCGAUGGCGUUUACACGUACUUUGCGACUAACAGCUUUUCCUACGGCUCCACUCAGCGGAACUGGAGAUCCAUCAAGUGGUUCUGCGACAGCUACAAUUUGAUAUUCAUCCCCAGCGUAGGUCCAGGCUAUAUCGACACCAGCGUUCGGCCCUGGAACGCACAGAACACACGGAACCGGAUGAACGGCAAGUAUUACGAGACGUCUCUGAGAGCAGCGCUCGAGACCAGGCCCGAGAUCAUCUCUGUGACUUCGUUUAACGAGUGGCACGAAGGGACGCAGAUCGAAACAGCCAUACCUAAGAUGAGAGGCAAGACUGCGUAUUUAGAUUACCUUCCCUACAAACCUUCCUUGUAUUUAGACAUUACGCGCAGGUGGGCGGAGAAAUUCAGAGAAGAACAGGAGACCUGGCGAAAGUGAGAGUGCUCCGAAUGGGAUGCGAGUCUGGGUGAAGGAAUUCUUCAUGAAAUGUUGAACGGUUGAUGUUAAUCAAGUAUUCAGUCAAAUCACUUGUGUUAAAUCCUGGAUGACGUCACUCUCAGCGGAACGACCGUCUCCGAUGCUGUCGGGUUAAUGACAUUGACAAAAGCUUAUAAUUAUUCAUUAAAUCGAAAUAAAAUGCCGAACGUUAACUACUUUGAUUCCGUUGUGGACGUAAAAGAUUUCACGGAUUGUUCAACAGGUUAUUCAUCACGUUUGACUGAAAUGUCAUUUUAUUGCUGGAAUUAAUUUCCAAUUAAGCUUUCAUCGCUUAAUUGAUUUGGUAAUCUGAUUAAAUCCCAUGAAAUGUCAUGAAGUCUGAAAUCAGAGUUUUUCUGCCAAUAAAUUAAGGUGACAUGUGUACAGAAAA